CAAUGUCAUUUUAUAUCUUUCUUUGGAGUACGUAGUUGUGAACUAGUGAAGUGAAUUCCGUUUGUGUAUGUGAAAUAAGUUUUAAUUUAUAAUUGAUCUUGGUGUUGCAACUUGCCGAGUUGUGUAAUAUAAAAUAUAUCAUUCCUACAGCAAGUUUUAUAUUUUAAAGCGUAGAUUACAGUUACAAAAAUGGGGAAAGGAUUUAACAAUUAUAUGUGCAAAAAAUUUUUCCAUCCAGCAUCUCGAGACAAUUUAAAGAGGGUAUGGAUGGCAGAACAGAAAGCCGAAGCAUACAAAAAGAAACAAGAGGAACUUCGUCAACAAUAUGAAAAGGAACAAGAUCUUCAUGAUAACAAAGCAAUGCUUAGCAAGGAAAGCAAGGAUAAGCUGAGUAUAAGUUUCAUGUAUGAGCCCCCUCCUGGUGCUAAAAAGGAACGAGAGAGGGAAGACAAUGAGCCCGAGUACAAAUUCGAAUGGCAGAGGAAGUAUAAUGCGCCUCGUGAGAGUUACUGUAAGGGCGAUCAGGAAAUUCGGGAUCAGCCUUUUGGUAUUCAAGUUAGAAAUGUGAGGUGCAUUAAAUGUCACAAAUGGGGCCAUAUUAACACAGAUAAAGAAUGUCCAAUGUACAGUUUAUCGAUGAGUGCUGCAAGAUCAUUAGAAAAUGCUACAGUAAUGGACCAAAAUUCACUGGUUCAACAAAUGUUGGACGAUGGUUUAGCAUUAAAGAAGCAACAUAUAAGUAUGGCAGAAACAACAAAACAUCUUUUAGUAAGCGAAGAUGAAGAGGAGAAUUCUGAAGCAACAUUCUUAAAGUCUCUUACAAAAAAACAGAAAAAGGCCUUAUUAAAGAAAUUGGAGAAACUUGAAAAAGAAGCUAAAGAACCGAAGAAGUCGAAGAAACGCAGUGACUCGGAUUAUUCUUCUGACGAGGAAAAUAAAAGGAAAGUAGCUAAACCAAAAUUUAAGAAAGAGGUGUAUUCCAAAGGACACAUGUCCGAUUCUGAAGAAGAAAAAGACAAAAAGUUCAAGAAUUACAGUGAUAGAAAACGUGAAGAAAGAAGAAGAGAAGAAAUGAAAGCAAAACAAAAUGAAGAGAGAAGGGAUAAGAGAACUAGGAGAAAUAGUAGUGAAGAAAGGAAAGAAAGGAGAAAGGACAAUAAAGAAAGAAGGCAAAGAGAUAGUAGCGAAGAAAUAAGCAGGGAAAAGAACAGACGAAGAGAUAGUAGUGAAGACCGGAAAAAUAAAAGAAAGAUAAGUAGAAGUGAUGAAAAAGACAGCAGUGAAGACAGGAGAAGCAGGAGAAAAGAUUAUAUCAAAGAAAAGAAACAAGAUGAAGAAAAAAAUCGAGAUAGGAGGAAGAGAAGCAGCAGUAGUGAAGAGGAUAGUAAAAAAAGAAAUAGGAAAAGAUAUAGCAGUGAAGAAAAUAAGAGGCAGAGAAGGAUUACAAAAAAUAAAAAACGAGAUAGGAGCAGUAGUAGUGAUGAAGAUAGCACCGAAGAAAGGAAGAGGCACUCUAGCACUGAAAGAAAAAUUAAAAAAAGAUCUUCAAGCGAGGAUGAGAAUAGGCACAGAUCAAAAAAAAGAAGUUAAUUUGGUUUAAAUAUUUAUUGCUAGAAAUAAAAAGUAACUACUACCCUAAAACAUGUAUAUACAAAACUUUCUAUGUUUGUGUAUUAUUUUAUAAGCAAAUGUGAUUGAAACAUUUAUAAAAUAAAAUGCAUACAUUGUCA